AUGGAUACUGCGACGCCUUUGCCGCCUGUGGCUCCAUCCCUGGUCUGCAGCCCAGCCCCACGGACAAUCCAGAUCGAGUUUCCUCAGCAUAGCUCAUCGCUGCUGGAGGCCUUGAACCGCCACAGGCUAGAAGGGAAAUUCUGUGAUGUGUCUCUCCUGGUGCAGGGUCGGGAGCUUAGGGCUCACAAAGCAGUGUUGGCCGCUGCCUCCCCUUACUUCCAUGACAAGCUUCUUCUUGGAGAUGCACCUCGUCUCACCCUGCCCAGUGUCAUUGAAGCUGAUGCCUUCGAGGGGCUACUCCAGCUCAUUUACUCAGGACACCUCCGCCUUCCACUAGAUGCUCUGCCUGCCCACCUCCUUGUGGCCAGUGGCCUCCAGAUGUGGCAAGUAGUAGAUCAGUGCUCAGAAAUUCUUAAAGAACUAGAAGCGUCAGGUGGUGGAGUUUCAGCCCGUGGAACAACCCCCUACCACACACUUCUUUCCACUACAUCCUCUCCAGGAGGCUGGUGCAUUCGAUCUGCCCCUUUCCAGACACCAGGGCAGUCAUCACCUUCUAAGGAGAGUCCUGUUGUAGGGGAGGGGAGUGAAUUGGGAGAGGUAUUACAGAUUCAGGUAGAGGAAGAUGAGGAGGAAGAGGACCCAGGGUCAGAAGCACUCUCUGAGACUUCUCAGCCUCAGAAAGUGUCAGGAGGUUUCCCUCGUCUACGUGGAUCCCACCCACCAUCAAAAUCUGUUACUCCCAGCAAGCUUCCAGAGAGUGACAGUGCUCUACCAGAGCCUCCUACUACUCCUACUGCCCUACCCCUCAAAAUUUUCUACAUAAAGCAGGAACCCUUUGAGCUUAAGGAGGAGAUAGCAGGAGGUGGGGCUCAGUCUGGAGGAACAAAAGAAGAGACUAAAGUGUUUCCUGGAGGGGCCAACGAAAGGGAUGGGGAGCUAGGAUUCUUGCUGCCCUCAGGAGCUGGGGCACCAUCUGGAGGAGGAGGCCCAUCUUGGAAACCGGUGGACCUUCAUGGAAAUGAAAUCCUGUCAGGAGGUGGAGGACCUGGGGGAGCAGGGCAAGCUGUGCAUGGGCCUGUGAAACUAGGGGAGGCACCGCCUGCAGAUGGAAAACGCUUUGGUUGCUUGUGUGGAAAGCGGUUUGCAGUGAAGCCAAAGCGUGACCGGCACAUCAUGCUGACCUUCAGCUUGCGGCCCUUUGGCUGUGGUGUCUGUAACAAGCGCUUCAAGCUGAAGCACCAUCUGACAGAACACAUGAAGACCCAUGCUGGAGCCCUGCAUGCCUGUCCACACUGUGGGCGUCGGUUCAGAGUCCAUGCCUGUUUCCUUCGUCACCGGGACCUAUGUAAGGGCCAGGGCUGGGCCACUGCCCACUGGACUUACAAAUGA